AUGUCGGCCCAGAGCAAUCGUUGUGCCCGCUGCGGCAACAAUACCGCGGACCGUCUCUUAUGCGUCGAGUGUCAGCGGUCCGAUAUGGUCGCGGGUUCCGGCCAAGCCGAUAACUAUAGUGCCGCCUCCACAGCGUUAGGGUAUCUCGCUCAGCCUGGAGGAUAUUAUCCAAGCAACAUUCCGGCCAACCCUUAUGCCCACAGGCUCCGCCUCUACCCACAGAAUCAUGGCGACAACGAUUCACAGCUCACUCCAAGCGAAAGCUGGCUCGCGCCGCCGCCGUACACCCCCUCGGCGCCGAACCCCAACCAGCAAUUGGCGCCCCAGCAGCCCGUACAGGGCUUUCUCGGGACUCCUCAGGUAGGGUUCCAGCUACCGGCCCCGAGCCAAGGCCCUUGGGUCCCAACCCAAGGCUUGCCCUACGCCCCCGUUGCCGCCGCCGCCGCCCUUGCCGCUCCCAACAACCCGCCGUUCCUCGGCUACCAGCUUCUGCCACUCCGGUUCGGCGCCGCAGCAGCUCCCUUCGGGCCCUAUAGCCCCUACCAAACGCUGCUCGCCCAACGCUAUCAUCUCGGCUACAGCAACAACAGCCAAACCUCCGCGGGCGCCGAUGACCGCCAUAAUGAUAUCAAAAAUCAGGGUCAGCAAAACCUGAACCUAUACAAGGAGCGAGCCGACAACCAGGGCCAGAGCGACAAUGGCAACAAUGACAACGACAACGACGGCGAGCCCGCCCCUAGGCCCCUCGGCACCCGCGGCCGGCGCAACGCCGCCCUCGUCGCGCGCGGCCUGUGCAUCUGGUGCCGGCGGCCCAACCCGGACCGCCGAAAGAAGGGCUGCCCAACCUGCCUGCCACGGAGGGCGGGGCUGACGGCCGAAUGGCGCCGGAAGCGCAAGGCGGCCGAACGGCGGCGACGCGGGGAACUCGGAGACCUGGAGGGUGAGGAUGAGGGUGAGGAUGAGGGUGGGCGCGAGGACGGAAUUGAGGAUGAGGAAAGGGGAAGAUAG